UCGCUUCUGUUCUGUCGAGCCAGCGCCAUUUUUUCAACGCAAAACUCGGCCUGCAUAAAUUAUGUUCAUGACGUAGUGCAAAAGAGUAAAAUUGCGUUAAUUUUGGGGGAAUUUUCUGCAGAUACAGGUUCACCUUAGCUACUAAGGAGCAUUUACCUCACUGGCAUAACAGUUAACGAAAAGACGUCAUUAAAUAUUAAGGAAAAGAGGAGCAGCGCCGUCCCGAGCCUCCUUAUCAAUGCAAAUAGCUCUUUUGUGUGCAUCUGUAGCGCGCGUCUGGAAGCUGUGAGAUGAAUUUUUAAUGAUGCAUGUUUCAAACAAACUGUGUCAAAGCUAGGCGAAGGAGGAGAAAUAAAGAAAACAGCCCACGUUUCAGCGGGUGAUACUGUGGUGCUGUAUCAUUAUGCAGAAUCAUUGAUCAUCUCGGAGUUAAGACAUCACAAUGGACACUGAGGAUCUACCAGAAAACAAUGCUCCUCUCACUGUCAACGAACAGAUUUUAGGUUCCUGCACUUUGAAAUUCCCAGUAACGGACGACCAGGUCAUCGUCAUGUCAGGUCAGGAGACCAUCCGUGUGCUUGAGGUGGAGGUGGAUACGGUCUUGUCCGCCUCAGGAACUGAUGGGAAGGCGGAGUCGGGGGGUGAAGAGAUGGGCGGUCAGACCCUGGAUGCAGUUGAGGAGGUUCCAUUGGAAAGUCCAGUAACCACAACCGUAAGUGUGGAGGUCUCAGCACCUGCAGCCCUGACUGUAACCCCUAAAGCUUCCAUCAGUGUGUCCCAGCCACAGACCAGUGUACCCAUUACGGUUCAGGCCUGCCCGCAGGUUCUAACGCAGGAUGGUUUGGCCUCUCUGAUGACUGGUAUGCUGGCCCAGCAGAGUUCUCUGGGUCAGCCGUUUCUCAUUCCUCUGAGCAUGGCCGGAUCUGUUGGAGGUCAGGGUGGUCUGGCAGUCCUCACCUUACCCACCGCUACUGUGGCCACUCUCCCUGGCCUCGCUGCCGCCAGUCCUGCUGGAGGACUGCUGAAGCUGCCGUUCGCUGGGCUGCAAGCCGCUACUGUGUUGAACCCCACACAGGCCGUCCUGCAGCCCCAGGUGUCCGCUCUACAGCCUGUGCACACGGCCGUGCAGCCAGUGCAGACGGUAUCAUCCACGGCUGCGUCUGCUGCGCAGAAGCCAUCAGAACCCAGUGUUUCGGUCGCAACGCUUCAGACUGCAGGCCUGUCCAUAAACCCUGCUAUUAUAAGCGCUGCGUCUCUAGGCGGGCAGCCUCAGUUCAUCAGUUCUCUAACUACGACUCCCAUUUUCACAAAUGCCAUGCAUAACGUUGCAGGACUUACAGGCCAAAUUAUUACCAAUGCACAGGGUCAGGUGAUUGGAACGCUACCUCUGCUGGUCAAUCCUGCCUCACUGGCUGGAGCUGCUUCUACAUUACCGACUCAAGGCCUGCAGGUCCAGACCGUAUCCCCACAGCUGCUCCUCAACGCCCAGGGUCAGAUCAUUGCUACAAUAGGGAACGGCCCAGCAGUCACUACCCCGUCUGCUGUGUCUGUCCUCCCCAAAGCCGCUGUGCCCCUAACGCUCACCAAGACUACUACGCAGGGUCCUGUUGGGAAAGUUGCUCAGUCUAAAGUGAUCAUUGCUCCGCAGCCCACAGCGGGUAAAGUAGUCACAGCUCUCACCUCUGCUGGUGUCAUCGCCUGUGGAGACAUGCCGACUGUUGGCCAACUUGUCAAUAAGCCGCAGUCUGUUAAUGAAGAAGAGGCCAUUAAUCUAGAAGAGAUCCGCGAGUUUGCCAAGAAUUUCAAAAUUCGACGGCUAUCUUUGGGUCUUACACAGACUCAAGUGGGUCAGGCUCUGACUGCUACAGAAGGACCGGCCUACAGUCAGUCAGCUAUCUGCAGGUUUGAGAAGCUGGACAUCACUCCAAAAAGUGCCCAGAAGUUGAAACCCGUGCUGGAGCGCUGGCUGGCUGAAGCUGAGCUCUGGAAUCAGAAGGGUCAGCAAAACCUGAUGGAGUUUGUCGGCGGGGAACCAUCCAAGAAACGCAAACGAAGAACCAGCUUCACACCGCAGGCCAUCGAGGUCCUCAACACUUACUUUGAGAAAAACUCCCUUCCCACCGGCCAGGAAAUCACAGAGAUCGCCAAGGAGCUGAAUUACGAUCGAGAGGUGGUCAGGGUUUGGUUCUGUAAUCGUCGGCAGACUCUAAAAAACACCAGCAAGAUCAAUGUGUUUCAAGCCCACUAGGAAGUAAAUUCUUGGAUUUUGGUUGCUCCGUUGCAAAAUGACAGAAAUGGCUGAUUUUCAAAUUUCGACCAGCGACUCUUGAACGGCAUAUUUGAAUAAUAUCAAACAUACAGUACUUUUAUUUUCAUUUUUUUUCUUCUGCAUGCAUGACCUUUGGUGUGCUACCAUAAUAUCAAGAUGCUAAAAUGGCCUUUGGACUAUGUCAAGUAUUGAAGAUGUUGCUGCUUUUAUCAAUGAAAAUAAGCAUUUGUUCAUACACAAACAAGAAAACUCGCAACGCAUUCUCGCAGAAGCAAAUUUCGCAGAAACAAAACUGUGGUUACUUUGACGAAUUUGCUUUCGCUGUAGCAAUAGCAGCUAUAUGGGUUGUAACUGAAUUUUUUUUUGUUUGUUUGUUUUACUGACAUUUCCAUUUUUUGUGUUCAUAUAGUUUUCUGUACAUAAAUAUGUAAUACAUUUACCUAAAACAAACUGGUAUUUUGUAAUUUUUAGGUCGGUUCUGUUUGGUUCCCAUUAUACCGUGUGUGUAUAUACAGUAGUUGUGGUUCGGUUGAACUUCAUACUGGACAAUCAUAGUACUCUGAAUCAGACAGCAUGACCUGCUUUUAAGUGGUUAAAUCUUCUGUGUUUAGUUUGGACUCACAUGUUCACCCAUUCAUUUAGGUCCUUGUAUAAUUUCCAUUGUGGUAUGUCUGACUUUUGAUUUGAAUAUUAAAUGUAAAGUGUAUUGAAGAUUACAGUAACUGAUGUUGUAGAUGUCCUAUGGAUUUUAUGGAUGCUGUUAUUUUUAUUUUGUCAUUACUAGUUAAACACUAACUUUAACAUCAGGUGGUGCUAUUAAAGAGAAGAUUUAAAUCAAUGCUUAUAUGGGGCACUUGUAAAACCUGACAUUUAGUUUAUUGUUGAUCAGAGACAUAUUUAACAUGACAAAUGUUAAAGAAUGUUAUCAAACAAUGCAAUUCAUAAUUAGCUUAAUGCAUUUUGGUUGCACUCUGAUUUAUAAAAGAUGAAACUUUAAAAGAUUGUGACUAACAAUUGUGCAAAAAAUAUUUGGUUUAUAUGAACCUUUUGAAAACCAAAAUAUGUGACGGGAAACAAACAAAUGUGCAUCAACACGCUGGACUAUGUUCUAAACAUAAAGCUAUAUUGUUCUUAUGGACCUUCAGUAUUUAUCUGAUGUAUUCUUAUAUUGAUUGGUACAGUACCAGAAAUUCACAAUAUAAUGUUGUGAAGAAGGAACGGUGUAAUGAAACACAAUGUUUUUAAGACUAUAAACGCAGAUCAAAAACAUUUUGAGUGAAAGCAUUUUUAAACGAUGCCCUAACAAUUGCAUUUACAAAUUAUAAAUGCGGUAUUCCAUUAACUAUAUUUAUUUUGUAUCAAUUGUAAUGUUUGGUAUUAACUUGUUAUUUGAAUAAAUUAACACUAAACACAGA